GUCGCGUCAACCCUUCGCCACCAUUCUCAUACUGUGGGAUGGAUUGCUUCGGACCGUUCCACACAAAGCAAGGUCGUAAAGACCAGAAGAGAUAUGGACUCAUAUUCACUUGUCUUUCCUCAAGAGCAGUCCACAUAGAACUGUUAGAAGAUCUAACAACGGAUGCAUUCAUAAAUGCCUUGAGAUGUUUUGUAGCUAUCCGUGGGACUGUACGACAAAUCAAAUCCGAUCAAGGAACAAAUUUUGUUGGGGCAAGAAAUGAGCUAACAAAGGCAUUGCAGGAAGUAGACAAAGACAGAUUAACUGCCUUUCUGGCUGAAAAACAUUGUGACUUCUCUAUGAACGUGCCUGGUGCUAGUCACAUGGGAGGUGUAUGGGAACGGCAAAUCAGGACAGUCCGUAGCGUCCUGAACUGGGUUCUCUCCAAGAGUGCCGGAAAACUAGAUGAUGCUUCGCUGAGAACGUUUUUCUAUGAAGCCAUGUUAACUGUAAACAGCCGCCCACUCACCACUGACUGCAUUACCGAUCCUAAAGGUCUAGAGCCACUUACUCCAAAUCACUUACUUACCUUGAAAUCCUCAGUUCCACUUCCUCCACCAGGAAAAUUCGUAGAAGCAGAUCUGUAUGCUAGGAAACGGUGGCGCAGAGUGCAGUACCUGGUAGAGCAAUUCUGGUGUCGAUGGAAGAAAGAGUAUCUAGCAAACAUCACCCGCAGACAGUGCUGGCAAACUCCAAGAAGAAAUGUUAAGAAUGGAGAUGUUGUCAUUCUUAAAGAGGAAGAGCUUCCGCGAAAUGAGUGGAGACUUGGAAGAGUGCUCGAUGUUUGUAAGGAUGAGGAUGGACUAGUGCGAAAGGUCAAAGUACAAAUAGGAAACAAGAAGCUUGGAAAGGAGGGUCAACGACUCAUUAGCCCAACCAUUCUUGAACGCCCUAUUCAUAAAUUAGUUGUGCUUGUAGAAAACAACUAGGAAGUGUUCCAGUGGAACUUUGGUUGAGAUAUUAAUAUGUGUAGAGGGUUAAAGGUUUAUGUUUGAUUUGAGAGUUUCUAAGAAAGCCCACUUUAGUUUGGAAAUUACUAGAUUCAUUCAGAUGUUACACAAAGGUCAUCAUAAAUCCUAGUAAUUUGGUGGGAGUGUAGCAGUCGGCAACACAAGUUUAAGAAAACAAAGGGUUACAAAUUUAUGGAAAAUGUAUUGUUUUUGUUUGCAGAAGAGGUUUGUUGUGAAUGCAUAUAAUAUGUAUAAAAUGUAAAAUAUAUGUGCAUAAAAACAUUGGUUGGCUUUGGGUCACGUGCCAAGGUUAAGGGUCACGGCCUCGGCCUUAUGGGUAGAAGAUGGGUGUGGCCGUUGAGAAGAAGAUGGUGUGCUGCGUAACAUGAAAAUAUUCUUCACUGGUUUCAUUGAGGCGCACACGUUUACACGGUGUCUAAGAGAGAGAGAGAGAGACAAUAAAAGACAAAAAGACAUCAGUAUGUUUCGUGGCCUUCUUUAACGGAAC